AUGAACACUGAUCCAGGGAUUUUGUGUUUUCAACACUGCGACAAAAAAGUUUUCUGUUUCGAGUUACCCAAUUUGUGUCCAGUUUGUAAAAAGAAUUUAUCGACAGAACAAUUUAAAUUACUACCGAUUAGAAUUCCAUAUCCAUUUGUCAGAGCAGCACAGCAUCCAUGUUCGAUAUUGAUAAAACCAACAUCUGGAGAUUUUUUAAAUGAUUAUUUUAAUUCUGUUGAUUUACAUAUCGGAGUAACAGAUUCGACUGGAGCUGUGGUAGAAUAUGAUAAAAAUGGACUGCAAAGACAAAAAAACAAUUCAUGGAAUCAAUGUUUAGUUUUAGAUGGUAUGGAUGAACCAUGGGCGGAUCAGUGGGAUGAAGCUUUAAAAGCUGUCAUAAAAGAAGGUCACUGGACGCCACAAAUGUACAAUGAAAAUAGUUAUAAUUGUUACACGUUCGUAUUGGCGUUCCUUAAAAAAUUAAAACACGAUCUAUUGAGUAACGCCGCUUAUUCUAGCACGUAUUUUUGCGAAAAAUUCAUAUUGCCACGAACGACAGCGGCUGGUAAAUACAUAUCCUUAUAUAGAAAAUUAAGAGCCGUGGAUUUUUACAUUCACGGUGGAUCCGACGUCAACAUUGCGUCCGUACCAAGAAUCAGUUCCUUCUAG